UUCGCGCUUGUUAAACUGAAAGUGUGAUAAAAUUCUCAAAUGAAUCUCGGGGUUCGUCUUUUUGUGCUUAUUUUGCUCUCCUUCUCAUUAAGAUGUGAAUCAUGGGGUUGGUUUUCAUCAUCUAAGGAGAGUCACUCAAGUGACAAUGGAAAUCAAGCAAGAUUUAGAGGUUCAAAUGCUGAAUUCUCAAUUGAGGCGUUUAACGACCCAAAGGGAGUGAAACUAAUAGAGAAUGCUAAAAAUAAAAUGGUUGGCUCAAACACUUGUUGGCAAAAUGCUUAUCAACAUCUUUUUGCUGGAUGUUCUGAGAUCUUGGCUGCUGAUGAGAAAAGGUCUAGAUUAGCUUGGCAUUUAAGUGAUUGUUUUCAGAAGGAUUCUGGCAGGGCUUCGUUUCCUCUUUGUGACUCGAAAACAUCAAUUUCUUCAUGCCUAAGAAACUUAGAUGACCUUGCUCAUAAAGUUUACCUUGAAUUCUACCUUGAAACCAACUCUAUUUGCUAUCAGUUACAGACACAUGCAUUCAAACAUGAAACUGCGAGACUAGUGACUGAAUUGAAAAGUUCUGCUCAGUAUGUCGAGGACAAAUUAGAUAGUAUCGAAGAGAAAUCAGAACAUCUAUUAAAAGACUCAAAACAAAUUUCGGAUUCUCUUGAAUCUGUUAAUAGUCACACACAACUAGUAGCUCAAACUGUAAAGAAUGUGGACAGUCAUAUUGACGUGGUAUUAAAGCAUUCCGAGAGUGUUUAUGAGCAAACUACAAAAAUUGCAACAUCGCAAUCACAACUGCAAGAAGGCCAAGAGAACAUGAAAAGGAAUUUAGAGGAUGGGGUAGCAUUGCUCAAGGAGUCUUAUAAUUAUUUGGGCAAAGAAAUAGAAAAGUUAAGAGAUGAAGCCAUUGAGAUUGAGAAUAAGGUAAUCAAAGUUGGAGAUGCUAUGUCAUCAAAGAUGAACAUUCUACAAAGCAAGGCUGAAGAUAUUGAAAAUGUGGCAGGGAUCUCUUUAGAUAAACAACAUCAACUUGUAGAAGGACAAUCCACGGCACUCAAGUUCCUAAAUUCAUUGAAUGAGGUUCAAUUCAAAGCACUAGAGGAAAGCAGGAAAAAUCUACAAUAUUUUGCUGAAUAUGGGCAAAAGCAGCAUGAAGAGCUUCUACGGCGACAGGAACAAAUGCAAGAAGUUCAUGAUCAAUUAAUGGAAAGCUCGAAAAAAAUAUUAUCAGCUCAGGAAACCAUUGAAACAAAUCAGGCUACCAUGUUUGUUCAUUCCGAAAGAAUCUUUGGCAUGCUAAAUAUGAUACAGCUUGAAUCAAGAAUUAUUAAAGCUUCUGCUUUUUAUCUCAUAUCAAUUUUUGUCAUCUUUCUGUUGACCUGCACAUAUCUUACAUACAGUUCCAGGCCUCUACUUUACAUGUAUCUUUCUGCUGCUCUCGCUGCGGAAAUAUUCAUUAGUCGUUUAAUGAGUAAUGACAACUUGGAGCUACAAACAUGGAUAAUAAACAAUGUCCGAUUAUUUUUCAUGGUAGCUGCUUCAGUUCAAUUUCUAUAUGCAAUUUGCACAUACAAGGACUUUGAAAGGUUGAACCAUCAAAUGCUACUAACACUAAGCAACCAAUUUAACAACAUACAAAAAGCAAAGCAGCCGUCUUGGGACUUUGCUACUGCUGAUGAUGUGGAUUGGUCUCAAUGGAUAGAUACUGAUUUACCUGAUGAUGUAAAUUGCCUUGAUGAUCCAGACUUUUCAAUUCCAGAAGAAUUUGCAGAGAAUUCGAUCACAACCUCUACAACUACAAAAAGUUAUAAUCUACGCCCGCGCAAUCGUUGACAUUGAUUCUUUUCACCACCAGAAACUCAGACCUGCUGCACUAUUUGUAGUAAUUAGAUUUUUCAAGGAGUCAUCUAUGCUCAUCACUUUAUUUCUUUAACUUAUGUCAUGAUUUUGAAUGAAGUCAUCUAUGCUCAUCACUUUGUUUCUUUAUACUAGUGUAUGAGUAACUUACAAUGUGAUUGUGAUUCAUGGUUGGUAUGCAAGAGAAAUAAGUAU